AGUAGUUCUGAAUUGUGACUGAUACAAACAAAUAGCAUUUGGUAGUUGAAAUUUUCAGCAAGUGAAACAUUGAAGCGUAUUUUCUCUAGUAUAUAGCUCCAUUUUAUCUAUAUAGAAGCUUUUAUUAGAAUGGGCGAACCUGCUGAGACUGAUUUGUUACAAGCAAUUAGGGAAUCGUUGCAAAAAGACGGAAUUCUUGGCAGAUUUAAAGGUGAAAUACGUGCUGCAGUGAUAAACGUUUUAAAUAAAAACUCAGAUCCCGGUGAUGCGCCUGAAAUCCCACAGGAAACUAAACUAAUAAACGAAUUGGUUAGAGAAUAUCUAGCUUGGAAUGGCUAUUUAUAUACCGAGCAAGUAAUGGCGGCAGAAUCCUACCAAACUGGAGAGCGAUUGACCAGAGACGUUUUAACAACAAAAAUGGGAGUUCUAGACGAUGCAAAAACAGCAAAAAUUCCUUUGCUCUAUUAUAUUGUAGCAGGUUUUCAAGCUCAAAAUGAAAAUUGAAACCUUGUUGUUUUGGGUUUGAGAAACUGAGCUCCGAAAUUAAAUAAACACCAAGUUAACUUUGCAA